AUGAGUAAGAGCAGGUGCUCUGUGGCACUGAUGUCUUCCGUGGUGGCCACAACUAAGGAGGCCAAUGCCACGGGCCCGAAGGCGGUGGAACUCGUCCUGGUCAAGGAACAAAAUGGGGUGCAGCUCACGAACUCCACCCUCCUCAACCCCCCGCAGAGCCCCGCACAGGCCCAGGACCGGGAGACCUGGAGCAAGAAGGCCGACUUCCUCCUCUCGGUGAUCGGCUUCGCUGUGGACCUGGCCAACGUCUGGCGGUUCCCUUACCUGUGCUACAAAAAUGGCGGCGGUGCCUUCCUGGUCCCCUACCUGUUCUUCAUGGUCAUUGCCGGGAUGCCGCUUUUCUACAUGGAGCUAGCCCUCGGGCAGUUCAACAGGGAGGGGGCUGCCGGCGUCUGGAAGAUCUGCCCUAUCCUGAAAGGCGUGGGCUACACGGUCAUCCUCAUCUCACUCUACAUCGGCUUCUUCUACAACGUCAUCAUCGCCUGGGCACUGCACUACCUCUUCUCCUCCUUCACCACGGAGCUGCCCUGGACCCACUGCAACCACACCUGGAACAGCCCCCGCUGCUCCGACGCCCGCGCCCCCAGCUCCAGCCCUGACCCCAAUGACACCUUCAGGACCACCCCUGCCGCCGAGUACUUUGAGCGCGGCGUGCUGCACCUCCACGAGAGCCAGGGCAUCGACGACCUGGGCCCUCCCCGCUGGCAGCUCACAUCUUGCCUGGUGCUGGUCAUUGUCCUGCUCUACUUCAGCCUGUGGAAGGGAGUGAAGACUUCCGGGAAGGUCGUGUGGAUCACAGCCACCAUGCCGUACGUGGUCCUCUUUGCGCUGCUUCUGCGAGGCAUCACCCUCCCUGGGGCCGUGGACGGCAUCAGAGCGUACCUGAGCGUGGACUUCCAUCGGCUCUGCGAGGCCUCGGUCUGGAUAGAUGCCGCCGUCCAGAUAUGCUUCUCGCUGGGAGUGGGGCUUGGAGUACUCAUUGCCUUCUCCAGUUACAAUAAGUUCACCAACAACUGCUACAGAGACGCGAUCAUCACCACCUCCGUCAACUCGCUGACGAGCUUCUCCUCCGGCUUCGUGGUCUUCUCCUUCCUGGGGUACAUGGCCCAGAAGCACAGUGUGCCCAUCGGGGACGUGGCCAAGGAUGGGCCGGGGCUGAUCUUCAUCAUCUACCCCGAGGCGCUUGCCACGCUCCCGCUCUCCUCCGUCUGGGCCGUGGUUUUCUUUGUCAUGCUGCUCACCCUGGGAAUCGACAGCGCCAUGGGCGGGAUGGAGUCGGUGAUCACCGGGCUCAUCGAUGAGUUCCAGCUGCUGCACAGGCACCGGGAGCUCUUCACCCUCCUCAUCGUCCUGGCAACCUUCCUUCUCUCCCUCUUCUGCGUCACCAAUGGUGGCAUCUAUGUCUUCACGCUGCUGGACCACUUUGCGGCCGGCACGUCCAUCCUCUUCGGGGUGCUCAUGGAGGUCAUCGGGGUGGCCUGGUUCUACGGCGUGUGGCAGUUCAGCGACGACAUCAAGCAGAUGACCGGGCAGCGGCCCAGCCUCUACUGGCGGCUGUGCUGGAAGUUCAUCAGCCCCUGCUUCCUCCUGUUUGUGGUCGUGGUCAGCGUCGCAACCUUCCGGCCCCCGCACUACGGAGCCUACAUCUUCCCCGAGUGGGCCAACGCGCUGGGCUGGGCCAUCGCCGCCUCCUCCAUGUCCGUGGUGCCCAUCUACGCCGCCUACAAGUUCUGCAGCCUGCCCGGCUCCUCGAGGGAGAAACUGGCCUACGCCAUCACGCCCGAGAAGGAACACGAGCAAGUGGACAGAGGGGAGGUGCGCCAGUUCACACUCCGCCACUGGCUCGUGGUGUAG